AUGGCCGUAGUCAGCAGAGCCCGGGCUUCUCUCCCUUCGCCGUCAUCGUCGCCGUUGCCGGCCUUCUCCCCUCGGUCGCCGCAGCCCGAGGUGGCGGAGAGGAUGUUCACGCGUGGAGGGAGCGGCCGGUCGUCGUCGUCCAGUGCCUGCGGGGCUAACAGGAGCGCCAGCCUCAGAGAGAUCGACGAAGAGGCCGCCAUCUUGCAUGAUGCUGAUGAUGAUGACGGUGGAGGGAAGCUGUAUGUCGCCGUCGGGAAGGACAUCAAGGACAGCAGGUCCAACCUCAUCUGGGCAGCUCGGAACCUCCUCGCCGGUGAUCCCAAGCUUGUCCUGCUGCACGUCCACCAGCCUGCCGACAGAAUCAUGAUAGGAUUAUGCAAGGUUCCAGCAAGCCAGGUCGAAGAAAAGGAGCUCAAAGCAUACAGAAAGAUUGAGAAGGAGGAGAUGAACACACUUUUAAACCAGUACCUCAAUUUCUGCAGAGUUUCUCUCAAGAUGCAAGCUGAAACGCUGGUGAUCGAGAAGAACAGUCCUGCAAAUGGGAUUGUUGAGCUCAUUGAUCAGAAUCGCAUUACAAAGCUUGUUAUGGGAACAUCUUCCUUCUCAGUGAAGAGGAAAGUACCAAAAUCAAAAGUUGCAGCCGGUGUGCAUGCACAGGCCAAACCAUACUGCCAGAUCUUCUAUAUUUGCAAAGAGACUCUUGCUUGCUCUAGGGAGGCCACUCAGCUUUGUGCAAAAGUAGAGUCACCCCGAAGUAGCUGCGCAAGCACUAUCUCAGAUCAACCUGAGUUAACUCCAAGAUCCCUAUCACUGCCACCAGGACAUCCAGGUCUUUUAGGCUCUACAGGCCAACAACCCCUUCCACGACGGUCCAACUCAGUCAGUUAUCCCUUGUCUGGAAUGAUAGCAGACAGUGUAGAAAACAUGUCACCUGCAAGGCGGCAGUCAAUUGAUAGUCUCUUAGGCUCUACAGAACAAAAGGCCCUGCCACGACGGUCCAACUCAGUUAGUUAUUCCUUGUCUGGAUCGAUAGCGGGCAGUGUAGAAAUCAUGUCACCUGCAAGGCGGCAGUCGAUUGAUAUGACACCAACAGGUUCCUCUCCGAGUUCCAGCCAGCAAAGCACUGGUGGGUCCUCAUUGGGUCUGAGGGAUUUGGACAGUAUGGAUGGCUCACCAGUGCCUGUUUCAGUUGCAAGCUCUGAAGAAGAACAUCAGCACUCUACGGUGGAAAUACGUGAAAUGUUUGAGCAACUGCACCGAGUCCGCAAUCAGCUAGAGCGCUCGAAAAAGGAAGCGUCUGAGGGCCGGCAGAAAGCCGAGAAGAACUUGUUUGAAUCUUCUAUGAUGUUCAAAGCACGGGAGAGUUCACUCUGCAAAGAAAAAAAGGAGGUAGAGGAAAGGCUAACAAGAGAAAAGGCUGACCUUGAAAAAGAGCACUUCCAUGUAUGCAACGAGCUGCAGAAGGUAAAUGAGCAAAGAGCAGAAUUGGAGAGCAAGCUUCUCCAGACAAAUGCCCUAAUGGAAGAGCUCCAACAGUUGCAAGCAGAGCUGCAGCGUGAGAAAGACCAUGCUGUUAAAGAAGCUGAAGAAAUGCGCCAAACAAAUGGUAACAGUGUAUUUGGCUCUACUAGUGCUGUUGCCCUAACAGAAUUCAGCUACACAGAGAUAGAAGAGGCAACGGACAACUUUGAUGACUCCAAAAAGAUUGGCAGUGGUGGGUGUGGAACCGUCUACAAGGGAUUUCUCCGUCAUACUACCGUAGCCAUAAAGAAAUUCAACCGUGAAGGCACAACAGGAGAUAAAGAGUUCAAUGACGAGGUAGAAACACUUUCUAGGAUGAGGCAUCCAAACCUUGUCACUCUGAUAGGAGUGUGCAGGGAGGCCAAAGCGUUGGUCUUCGAAUUCCUGUCGAACGGAAGCCUAGAGGACUGCCUGCAGUGCGAGCACCAAAGAGAGCCACUCUCAUGGCGAAUGCGCAUCAAAAUCGCUGCCGACAUCUGCACGGGACUUAUCUUCCUCCACUCUAACAAACCAAAAGGCAUUGCCCAUGGCGAUCUGAAGCCUGACAAUGUCCUUCUUGACACUAGCUUUGUUUGCAAACUGGCAGACUUUGGAAUCUCUCGUCCCUUGGAUCUGACAAACACCACCGUCACCCCUUACCACCGAACAAACCAAAUUAAAGGCACAAUGGGAUACAUGGAUCCAGGAUACAUCGCCUCAGGGGAGAUCACAGCUCAGUAUGAUGUCUACUCCUUUGGUGUAGUUCUGAUGCGGUUGCUGACUGGCAAGAACCCCCUAGGCCUUCCGAAUGAGGUGGAGGCAGCCUUGAGCAAUGACAUGUUGCAAGAUAUAAUUGAUACUUCUGGAGGGGAAUGGCCACCUGAGUACACUGAAGAGUUGGCAAGACUAGCACUGAGAUGUUGCCGGUAUGAACGGAAGGAGCGGCCUAAUCUUGCAAAUGAAGCCUGGGGUAUCCUGCAAGCUAUGAUGAACUGUCCAGAUGAUAAAUGCAAGCCACCAACGUUUUUCAUCUGUCCAAUGACACAGGAGAUCAUGAGGGAUCCACACAUUGCUGCCGAUGGAUUCACAUAUGAAGGUGAGGCCAUCAAGGACUGGCUUCAAAGGGGGCAUAAAAUGUCCCCCAUGACCUACCUCAGCUUCACACACCAUGAGUUAAUGCCGAACAAUGCCCUUCGUUUUGCAAUUCAAGAAUGGCAAAUGCAACAGCAACCGUGA